GCGGGGACCGGCAAGAUUCUGUAGCGGCCGCCAUUGAUGGUUUUAUUUAUUAUUUACAUUUUUGUGGACUGAACCAGUCGCAUGAUAAACCACAUGGUUGUUGGUUGAGUAAUCAAAGCUUAAUCCAGCUUGUCGAAUUUGUCAACUUGAUAGCAUUUCAGUUGAAUGCAAUAUUAGUUUUCGUGCACAAAAAUGGCAUCAGCGGAUGGAGAGUCUCGCAGGAGCACCGCUGCUCAAUAUUUUGCGGAUGAGGAGGAGGAUGGAACUGAAAACAGGGUUGUUUCUCUGCUAAAUGAAGCCAUGCUAGGGAAUGAGAAGGUUAAAUCUGAUAACAUUCGCAAAGUGCAAGAAAUCGCUAUUCAUAUGUCGCCAAAUUUACUGGACAACUUUUUGGACGAAAUUCUUGCCUUUCAACGAGACCCCUGCGCAGAUGUGAGGAAAGCCAUCGUAGGCUUUAUUGAAGAAGUGAGCAAACAUGAGCCUGAAGUCUUGCCCCGUCUCACGAGCGCUCUGAUGGCCCUGCUGAGGGACGAAUCAGUCCAAGUCAUCAAAAGAGCAGUGCAGGCAGCAUCUCAGGUCUACAAAGCCACUUUGAUGUGGAUUUCAAAAUCCAAAACUGUUUCUGAAACUUUGGAGAAGACCUGGCAGGAAGUGGUUCAAAUCAGAAACUUUAUAUCAGACAUGGUUGACCACGACAAUGAUGGUGUCCGAACGCAGUCUGUCAAGUUUUUGGAGAUGGUUGUUCUCUUGCAGACCUACACCGACGCUGACAGCGUAAGAAAGGCCAACGAUUUUUCCCUGGACGAUGUUCCAAUGGCUUUGAAAGUAGCCAAACGGCGCAGACUUGAAGAUGAAGCUGUUGCUACUCUGGAGCAUAUAAUCAAGUUCCAUGGCUCGGCCCAUAUAAGCAGCGUCAAUUUGAUGGCCUGUAUGGGAACGCUGACACUCAUAGCUAAAAUGAGACCGCAAUACAUGGCUAAAGUGAUCAUCGCUUUUGAAACCCUGCACACAAAUCUACCACCCACACUUUCAAAGUCGCAAGUGAGCUCUGUGCGGAAACAUUUGAAACUGCAGCUGUUGAAUUUGUUGAAACACCCUGCCGCAUUUGAGAUGUUAUCGAACAUCACCACUUUAUUAAUGGACCUGGGGGCAACCCAGAAUGAAAUUGCUAAAAACUCGCCCAAACCAGAAGAAGUGAGAAAGCGGCAAAAGAAGCUUGAAGCGCAGCAGCCCCCUGCAAAGAAGCCCAAGCUUGAUCCUGAAGCGGGCACCUCUGACGUUUCUAGGCCAACUCUGAGCAGUUCUGACCUGGAUCGUUUGGAGUUUUUCAUAGCAGAUAGACUAGGCGUAGACUUGGCCGCACAGCUCAUCAUGCAAGCAAUGAAAUUCCUGCCGGAAAAGAUGCCAAACACUUUCAGCUCAACUUACACGCCCAUUGCUGCUGCUGGAACUCACGGGCAAAUUAAGCACGUCGCAAGAUUGAUGGCCACUCAAAUAGCGUCCGCUGGGUUUGGGCCCGACUGUACGAGAGCGUCUGCCGCGUUGACCUCAGUAUUUAACAAGAAAUUGCUGGAGGAUGAUGAUGACGACGAUGACAUAAUUUUGCCAAUGCAAAUAGAGCCAAGCAAACCAAUUGAAGCUCCGACGCCAGUGCCGGCCCCUACAAAAAUAACUAAAAUACCCAAGAUCAAGACCAUGAAGCUUGCAGAAAUAACAAAGCCAAUGUCUUCUAAAGUGAGGAACAAGAUGGUUCAGAUGGCUGUCGUUCGAAUCUUGAAGGCUGAUAACAGUGCUGUCUUGGGAGGCGCAAUGAUCACGAGAUGCAAGAUUCUAACCAGUCUUGCUUCGCAGUUCCCUUCUGAGGUCAGGGGUGAAAUAUACAACUAUAUUCUGGAAAACGUCAGUGAGCGAUGUGACUUAGCGUUACAGUGGUUAUACGAAGAGUACAGCUACAUGCAGGGUUUCAACAGAAGCAGCAGCCUGCUGAGGAAACAGUACGCUGAAGCGCCUGAAGAAAACUACAACAAACUGUUGUGCGGCAUCAUCAACACGCUAAUUUCCAACGAAAAUCCUGUCAAGGACCAUGAUACCUUGAUGUGGAGAAUCUACUUGGAAAGUCCUACCAUAACUGAUGAUGCUGUUGAAAUCCUGAAGGCCCAAUGCGGCAGUGAGGAAAAUGCUUCGUCUUCAAUAGCACUGCUUGAGCACUUGGUAACAAAAAGACCACCAAAGCAGCUGCUUUUCCUCAAUUGUUUGCUUCUGUACACAGCCCAUGAGAACAAUUUGAUCCGCAGUAGAGCGCUGAGCGCUGUAUACGAGUUGUACGAGAAAGGUGUUCAGUGCAAGGUGAUUGAAGACUACGCAAUCUUUUAUUUAGGAUUCCUAAGAUUGCCAAACCCACCUGAAGUUAUUUUUGGAGAAGAUAGAGGCAGGGAAAACACUAAGGAUUGGAACGAAAAUUGCGUCAGAGCUUGUCUUUAUCUGUACCUUUCCCUUCUGCCCCUCAAUGAAAGCAUGAUUCACGAGUUGGCUAAAAUUUACGUGCAAACUGUUGCUGAUGUCAAAAGAACUAUCCUUCGUUUGCUCGAGCAGCCCAUUCGGGGAAUGGGCAUGGAAUCUCCUCAGUUGCUGAAACUGGUUGAGGAAUGUCCCAAAGGCGCUGAAACCCUAGUGACAAGAGUCAUCCACAUUCUCACAGAAAAGAGCCCACCAAGUACAGAAUUGGUGAACAGAGUGAGAGACCUGUAUCACUCUCGAGUAUCUGACGUCAGAUUCUUGAUUCCUGUUCUCAAUGGCUUAACAAAGAAGGAGGUGAUCGGAGCGUUGCCCAAGCUGAUUAGCUUGAACCCUGUGGUUGUUAAAGAGGUUUUCAACCGUCUGCUUGGUACCCAUUCUGAAGGCUCUAGCUACACGUCUCCUCUCACUCCGGCGGAACUUUUGAUUGCUCUACACAACAUCGACACAAGCAAGGCUGAUAUGAAGACCAUCAUGAAGGCAACCUCGUUUUGCUUUGGUGAGCAACAAGCUUACACCCAAGAAGUGUUGGCUGUCGUCAUGCAGAGUUUAAUGGAGCAGAGCCCGCUGCCAACCUUGUUCAUGAGGACUGUAAUUCAGUCGUUUGCGCUUUACCCUCGACUGAUUGGUUUCAUUAUGAACAUUCUCCAACGACUGAUUCAGAAACAGGUGUGGAAGCAAAAGAAAGUAUGGGAGGGAUUCGUCAAAUGCUGUCAGAGAGCUAUGCCACAAAGCUUUCAAGUGUUGCUGCAAUUGCCGGCUCCCCAAUUGGAAGAUGUAUUUACCAUUUGUCCCGACAUGAAGAUACCGCUCUUGGAGCAUGUACAGAGUUUUACUGAGAACCAGAGAGCUCACGUUCCUUCAACUGUGAUGGAAGUACUGACGGGCAAGAAUUCAAAUCAACCUGGACCUCCGGGAGACGAGUAAUCAAAUAUCUUUCACCACAUCAUGUCGGGAUAGAAUAUUUAAAUAAAAUAUGUUGUUUAGUGACUA